UUUUACGCGUCUAGGAACAGCUCUGCCAGCCAGCUGGUCUUUAUUACCUUUCCUUCCAUCGAUAUGGUCGCCCGUCUGGCCUUCUCUCGUUUAGCGCCCGCUUUGGCUAAUGUACGGUCAUCGUCAAUACUCUCGCGCAAUGCCUUGCGGUCAGUUCGCGGAUAUGCGACGGCCGACAACGAACACACGAUGACCGUCCGUGACGCUCUCAAUGCCGCCAUGGAGGAGGAGAUGAUUCGCGACGACAGCGUUUUCAUUCUCGGAGAAGAGGUGGCUCGUUACAAUGGUGCUUACAAGGUUACCAAGGGUCUGCUUGAUAAAUUUGGUGAAAAACGGGUGGUCGACACGCCCAUUACGGAGAUGGGUUUCGCGGGCUUGGCUACAGGUGCUGCUUUGGCUGGGUUGAGGCCCAUCUGUGAAUUCAUGACGUUCAAUUUUGCCAUGCAAGCAAUUGACCAGAUCGUCAACUCCGCUGGCAAGACGUAUUACAUGUCUGGCGGAAAUGUCCCAGUCCCCAUUGUAUUCCGUGGUCCUAAUGGCGCUGCUGCUGGUGUGGGUGCUCAGCACUCACAAGAUUAUGCAGCUUGGUAUGGAUCUAUUCCUGGUCUGAAAGUGGUUAGCCCAUGGAAUGCUGAGGACUGCAAGGGCUUGCUCAAGAGCGCUAUCCGAGAUCCUAACCCCGUUGUAUUCCUCGAAAAUGAGAUGAUGUACGGUAUCUCAUUCCCCAUGUCCGCCGAGGCUAUGUCAGAAGACUUCCUCAUCCCUAUCGGGAAAUGUAAAGUCGAGCGUCAAGGGUCAGACGUCACUCUUGUCGCUCACAGCAAGAUGGUGACACAUUCUCUGGAAGCUGCGGAUGAGUUGGCGAAGGAGGGUAUCAAGGCGGAAGUUAUCAACUUGCGAAGUAUUCGACCUCUAGACAUAGACACGAUUAAGAAUUCGGUCAAGAAGACGAAUCGGCUCGUUAUUGUUGAGGGUGGUUUCCCAGCUUUCGGUGUCGGUAGUGAAAUUUGCGCGCAAAUCGUUGAGAGCGAAGCCUUUGACUACUUAGACGCGCCUGUUGAGCGGGUUACGGGUGCUGAUGUCCCCACGCCGUACGCCACGAGACUGGAAGCACUUGCUUUCCCCGAUACUAGCGUGAUCGUCAAAGUGGCGAAGCGCGCACUUUACCGGACGAACUGAUGUUUAUGAUGGAUAUUGUUUUUCUCUGUUGCUGUUCUGCUGUUUCAUAAUAGACGCCUUUUUCGGAUUCUCAACUUUUGG